AGACGCGUCGGACCCACGCGUUCAUCCGUAAAGAAACGACGGUUCUACCCUUUACCUGCCCCUCUGCUUCUGCUUCUGCCUCUUCGUCGAAUCGGGUACCCUACAGAGCUUCCCUCUCAUUCGCCACUGAACAUUCCAUCACUUCCAAUCCUACGCCGCUGCGAUUUUCAGAGUCCAUAUCGUUUCCUUUUCUCCAUCGUCACUGCUGAGAAGUUUUUUUAGUAAGGGGAACAGGUCGUAGAUUUUUAACAGUUCGUUGAAUCACAACCAUUCUGUUUGGAAUUCAAGGGGGUGAAAUAAUGUGGAGGGUCGUACGAUCUGCUCCGUCGAGUGUUCGCGAGUGUAGGCGGCGACUAUCGACGGCGAUUCCUGGACCGUGUAUUGUGCACAAGCGCGGGACCGAUAUUCUCCAUGAUCCAUGGUUUAAUAAGGAUACAGGCUUCCCUUACACAGAAAGAGAUCGGCUGGGACUUCGUGGCCUACUCCCUCCACGAGUGAUAUCGUUCGAGCAACAAUAUGAACGCUUUAUGGAAUCGUACAGGUCUCUGGAAAAUAAUACGCAUGGCCAGUCAAUCAAGUCUGUUUCCCUUGCAAAGUGGAGGAUUUUGAAUAGACUUCAUGACAGAAAUGAGACUUUAUAUUACAGAGUGCUGAUUGAUAACAUCAAGGACUUUGCUCCCAUAAUAUAUACUCCCACAGUGGGAUUGGUGUGUCAAAACUACUCUGGGUUGUUUAGGCGUCCACGUGGAAUGUAUUUCAGCGCCAAAGAUAAGGGAGAGAUGAUGUCUAUGAUCUAUAAUUGGCCUUCUCAGCAGGUUGACAUGAUUGUAUUGACUGAUGGCAGUCGUAUCCUUGGUCUAGGUGAUUUGGGAGUUCAGGGAAUAGGUAUUCCAAUUGGGAAGCUUGACAUGUAUGUAGCAGCGGCUGGCAUCAACCCACAAAGAGUGCUACCUGUUAUGCUUGACAUUGGAACAAACAAUCAGAAGCUUCUUGAAGAUCCCCUUUAUUUAGGAAUCAGGCAACCUAGACUGGAAGGAGAAGAGUACUUGUCGAUUGUUGACGAGUUCAUGGAAGCCGUUCAUGCACGGUGGCCGAAAGCUGUUGUGCAGUUUGAGGAUUUCCAAAUGAAAUGGGCUUUUGAGACACUGGAACGUUACCGUCAUAAAUUUUGCAUGUUCAAUGAUGAUAUACAGGGAACAGCUGGUGUUGCAUUGGCUGGGUUACUAGGUGCUGUUAGGGCACAGGGGAGGCCAAUCACGGACUUUCCAAAUCAAAAGAUUGUUGUUGUGGGCGCUGGAAGCGCAGGAAUUGGUGUUCUUAAGAUGGCCGUACAGGCUGUUUCAAGAAUGACUGGAUCUGCUGUGGAUCCACAAUUUUUCCUCAUUGACAAAGAAGGUCUUAUAACCAAAGAGAGAACAUGCAUUGAUCCUGCAGCUGCUCCCUUUGCCAAACCCAGAGGAGAAAUUGAAAAAUUCGGACUUCAUGAGGGGUCAAGUCUCAUUGAAGUGGUUAAGGGAGUUAAACCACAUGUGCUUCUUGGCUUGUCUGGAGUUGGUGGUGUCUUUAAUCAAGAGGUCCUAAAGGCCAUGCGGGCAUCGGAUUCCCUUAAACCUGCAAUUUUUGCCAUGUCAAAUCCCACAGCAAAUGCUGAAUGCACUUCUGUCGAGGCUUUUGAUUAUGCUGGUGAAAACAUUGUCUUUGCAAGCGGAAGCCCUUUUGAUGAUGUUGACCUUGGGAAUGGUAAAACGGGUCAUGUUAAUCAAGCAAAUAACAUGUACCUCUUUCCAGGGAUUGGCUUGGGAAGCCUUGUAGCUGGUGCUCGUCACAUAACUGAUGGAAUGCUGCAAGCUGCAGCUGAGUGCCUCGCUUCAUAUAUGACAGACGAUGAAAUUCAGAGAGGCAUCCUGUAUCCAUCGAUCAACUGUAUACGAGACAUUACAUCCGAGGUUGGAGCUGCAGUGGUUAGGGCAGCAGUUGCAGAAGAGGUGGCUGAAGGGCAUGACAUUGUUGGACCCAGAGAGCUAUCCCACAUGUCCAAGGAAGAGACGAUCCAAUACGUGAAAGAAAACAUGUGGUAUCCUGUCUACAGCCCUCUUGUACACGAAAAGUGAAGCAGCCGCAGCAGCAGCAGCAGCCAUUAUUACUUUUGGGAUUAAUAAUUCAUGCAACUUCUUACAAUGACAGAAAUCGAACCCAACUGAAAAUAGAGAGAUCCAACUUGAGAUUUAUUUUGUUAUAUUCAAACAGACAAUCUCUACCUUUAUUCCGAAUUCUGAUAACCUAGAUAUCAUUAACUUUUAA